AUGGUGACUCGUUUCUGGAUAAGUCAAGUCAGGAAAGCUGCCUUCAGCCAUACUUUGAAGCUUUCUUCAGACUUCUACAGCCAAAAAGAUUUGCCAGAGAUCAUACGCAUUAUCCACACAGCCGAUUCACUGAGCGGAGUCUUGGAUUUAUCGCUCUUGGAAUUCUUACCAACCUUAGCACGGCUAGCCGCCGCUUCUUUCGCCAUCUAUGUCAAGUUUGGGGCAUUUAUCUUCUGUUUGGCGAUUAGUGGAUCAAUUGUCUAUCUUUGGCUGGAUAAUCACGCAUUUCAUAAUAAUCUCAAGAAGACUGAGCCUGAAAGACGCUGUACAGAUCUCGAGCUAAGCCGUGCAACGAAUCAAGCCCUGGAAAAGCACAUUAUCGUGGAACUGUUCAACACAAUCACUUACCAUAUUGGUAUCUACGAACACGCCCUUGACGCUCAUCUAGAGACUGAGAGCCGCUGGAGCCAGGUUGCUAUAUACAGGUCAAUAUCACUCCAAAGGCUUCAAAGGGGGCUAUUUUUUGCAAUCUCAAUGAUUCUUACACACCGCGGCACUUCGGCAGAAGAUAUCAUUUUCCUUACUCUUUAUUGGCCUACAAUUGCAGGCCACUUAUCAAGAUUGCCGUCCCAAUAUACCAGGCUUCACUUGAAGUUCACGGACUUAAAGUGCCUUCUUGCACAUCUCGAUAUAAAGCCAACAAUCAAAGAUGGCGAGAAUGCGUGCGACAUUGGUCCCAUAAACGGCCGGAUUACGUUCAGUGACGUAAGCUUCCGCUAUCUCGGCCAAAAAAAAGAAACUUUGAAGAACGUUUGUAUUUCAAUUCGACCCCGAACAACAGUUGCAUUGGUGGGGCGAUCGGGUUCUGGCAAAUCGACACUCCUCGAACUUCUGCUGCGGCGUUAUGAUGUCAAUUCUGGAUCAAUCAAGAUCGAUAGCCAGGAUAUCAGGGAACUCACUCUUGACUCUCUACGAAAAUCUAUUGCGUUUGUACCUUCAAAGAGCCAGAUAUUUCACAACUGGUCAAUAUGGCAAAAUCUGACCUAUGGAAGUUUUGAUGUUCACUUUGAAGCCAUCACCGAGGUAUGCUGCGCUGUGGGUAUUCAUGAUAAGAUCUCCUCAUCUUCAAAACAAUAUGAAAGUAUUGUUGGGCGAGAUUUGAAUUUCUCCGAUGGAGAGAUGCAACUCCUUGAGAUCGCGCGAGCCUUGAUCAGAAAGGCACGCAUACUUGUGCUCGACGAGCCAACCAGCAGCCUGGAUGCUGAUACUGAGGCAAUGAUAUUUGAGAUGCUUGGGAAAUUGAACAUCACCAUAUUCAUGUCUGCAAAUCGUCUCUCCAGCCUCAAGAGGGUGGAUGAAAUCAUUGUUCUUGAACAAGGAGUCAUCAAGGAGCGUGGAAACCACAAUGAGCUAAUGGAAACACAUGGAGGCGUCUAUCAGAGGCUUUAUUCUCAAUGGUCAGAGUAA